AUGGGUCCAAUAACACCCGCAUCGAUCAAUCUUGCUGUUAAUGACCUGCCUUAUUCGCUCCAAGAAUCCAUGGCAACCCCUGUAGCUGCCGAAUGGAAAGAAGCAAUCCGGAACGAGAUACGCCCUCAUGUGAAGAAUCAAAUAUUGUCACGCCUCGCGGGAGAAAAGUGA